AUGGGCCCAAAGUCAGCUUCCACUACAUCCCCUGGUAGGAGAGGGAGGGCCUCCACCAAGGGCGUCACCGCUAAUACUGGCACCAAAAUCUCAGUCGAAAUACCAAAAUCCGAAGAUGCUGUUGCAGCAGAAUCGUCAUCGUGCCUUGAUGGCGCACUGAGAUUUAUAUUACUUGCUGUUUGCAGUCUACUUCUCAGCACUGUGCUCUUCUCUCUUAGCAUCCCAGUGACAAAGGGGGAUUUGGCAUGGACGAGUAAACGCUUAGACUCGUGGAAAGAUGUUGUAGUUCUGCUAGCAUGGCGUGUCAUUGAGCUUGCGGUGCCAUGGUUUGCAGGAUACGAUGCUUGGGAUGCGCUGUGUUUUAUCGGCCUUAUUCACCUCCCAACAUAUUCUCUCCUACUCAACUUUUAUAACAUUCGGCCAACGACGAUAGUCACUGUUGCGACAAUCACCACUAUGUCGUGCAUAAUCCCGUUUUCCUACUGGCGCCCUCUUAGCGCGGUCCAUAGUGGCAGCGGCCCGGCUGUCAACCGGGCGAUUCUAUCAGACCGACUCACUACUAUCUACACUACGGUAGCUUCAACUCUAGUAUACACAAUAGCUCUGUACUUCAGCUUAUCGACUUGGCUUCCGGCCCAUCUUGUUUCACAUUUUGUUGGACUCCCCGAUAUCAGCGCAGCACAUGCCGGACCAAAGGGUCUGGUGUCGCUUUUCCUUAGUCUUUUGCCCGCGGGUUAUGGAUCGAGAGAUUUAUUAUUCGUCACAUCGGCCAGUCAGCCACAGGAAAAGAAAGUUGAGCAGAAAACGAUCCGUCGACGACUUCGGUCAUCGGACUCACGGGAGGAACAAGAUGAACAAGAACAGCAAGAGGAAUCAUGCUUUGCCUCACUUUAUAAGAAAGGUUGGCUUGGGCUCCCCCCUAGCCUUAGGACUCUUAUAUCACGAUCGGUGGCUUUAGCACUUAUGACUUUAGCCAAUACUUUUGUGCAGCUCGGAGGCACAAUCAGUGGGGUAGAGCCUAAGGGCGCCUUGGGAUGGGGAGCGAUUUGGUCACUCGCCACGCUUAUCAACACUGGCCUUUAUGCAUGGAUCCAAGAAGCGAACGGAAUGUAA